UUUAAUUAUCUGGUCUAUUAGGGUAUAAAAUUAAACAUGCCUGCAAUUGCACAUUUUAAAAAGUUGAUUUGCAUAUUUUGAAAAACCAAAAAAAUGCUGUUUGACGUUUGCAAGCACACUUGUGGGUUGUGAUACGUGUGGUUCAGAGGGGUUUUGCAGCCAUAUGAGGCAGUAUAAAAAGCCACAGAAGGAUUAGCUGAACACAGCUCUGAUGACACAGCAAUAACAACCAUGACACCAGCCGUCAGCAUCGCUCUUCUCCUGCUCUCCGCAACUGUUGUAAAGUCGUGGGGGUCUCUGGAGGACCAGACUGAAGUAGAGGGGGAUUUUUCAUCCCAGUUCAAACAGCAUGUGAGGGAGGGUGCUGACCAUCAUGCAGAGAAGGAAGGAGAUCGUUAUGAAUGGAUGCAGGAAGGAUCAUCUGACCCGAAAUGUUUGGCCUGUAAGAAGAUCGUCUCUGACGUACAGAAGAAGUUGGGCGGUAAUAAUUCAAAGGAAGAAGUUAAGAAGCAGGUGGAUGGUUCCUGCAAUGAACCUGGAAUCCUGAGACAAGCAUGCAAGGAUAUCAUCAGAAAGCCCAAAGAUGAACUGAUUGAUGGAAUAGCCAAAGGCGAGACUCCCGAGAAAAUAUGUAAAGAUGUGAGCUACUGCCAGUGAAAUACAUCUGUCUGUAGAUACUACAUACAAUGUAAUGCAUCUGCCUCGCAAUGAAUGUUUCAGCUGUUUGAUUCUGAUCAUAAAAGUCACAUAAAAGUGUA